GUUGCUUUGGUAAACGGCGGUUCGAUUCGCGCCGAUCUGACCUACAACGUCGGAAGUUUGACGAAACGCGACGUGCUUUCGAUUUUGCCGUUCAAUAACCCGAUCGUGAAGAUCGAAAUUUCGGGCAAAACCCUGCGCGAAGUUCUCGAACACGGCGUUGCGAGAAGUGCGGUCGGCGAAGACGGCGAACCGGGACGCUUUCCGCAAAUUUCGGGAAUGUCGUUCAAAUACGAUACGACGAAACCUGCCGGAAGCCGCACGUCGGAGAUUUUAGUCGGCGGAAAACCGCUCGACGAAACGAAAAAUUACACGCUCGCGACCUCCGAUUUUCUCGUUUCACGCGGCGGCGACGGCUAUACGAUGCUCAAAAACGGCAAGGUUUUGAUAAAUGCGGAUGCAGCGCAAAAAGAUUCGGAAGUUUUUGAAGCCGCGAUCAAAUCCGCGCCCGAUUCGACCAUCGCGCCGAAGCUCGAAGGCAGAAUUAUUCGUCUGAAAUAA